UUUUUCUUUCGUAGGCGAUGAUGAGACAAAGUAUGUAAAUAUUCGUCCUCAUCUUCUUUAGAUUAGCAUGCCUUUAGCACAUCAGCAAUUCAUCAUUUUAAUUCAUUCAUUUUAAUCAAUAUUUUCAACGUCAAAAACACAAUUAGAUAUACCAGGAAUUACAUGUGCAACUAACGCAUGUACACCAUUAUUUUCCCGUAUAUUGGAGAUUUCUCAACAGCUGCACUUCCAAACAAGGAACGUUUUACUUUGCCGUUUCAAGUGCCUAAAUCCCGAUUAUCAAAGUCUAAAAGUUUGCCAAUUAUGCAUGUCUUGAUCACGCAUUGGUUGUGAUUAAUCGAAUAAAAAUUUGUAAAAACCCAUGAAAUCAUGCGAGGGUAAUAAUUUACUACCAUACUGCAUCCAAUUAAUACACAUGCUUUUUAUAAUUCAUAUAUGCAGUGCACUCAAUAUCUAUUUAUAUAUGUACAUCAUUAAUGUAUUCAUGUGCUUUAAAAUAUGGAUGCAAAAUAUUACUGUACAAUUUUUAAUCCAAAUUUUAUUAAACAGUUAAAUGUACAAUUGGUGAUAUUUACUAAGUUGCUAUAAACAAGUGUAAUUCAAGUAUAUUGCGUUAAUCUUCGUAACAUAAAGCGGAUUUUUAUUCAACAUAAAUAAUUUUCACUUUCUAUACAAUGUAAUUCGUACGUGAUAUAAACACGCCUGUUAAACAGCAUGCAAUUACACGGUUAAUCAUCACAUUAUCUAUCAUUUAAACCCCCCGUGUGGAGCCUCAACAGGUAACGCUUACCUGUCAUCACGCGAGAAUGUAAACAGUAGACCUAUGUCGACGUUAUCCAUUAAUUAGGUAGCUGUGACACUAUUUUGGACCUGGAGUCGAAUAUAGGCAAGAGUUCCACGUUUGUAAAAGCUUAAAUCAAAGCCAUUCCUCGUCGAUAUACUCGGAAUCUUGCAACAGGUGCGAGGAUGUUCCACGCGUGUCGUUUGUGAAGUAUUCCUUCAGGGUAUAUCAAAUGUAAACAUGACAAUUUCCCCUUUGUUUUCCUAACAGGAUUGUACAAGAAAACGGUAAAGCUGUUGGAUAUCGACACUUUUACACGUGUGUCAUUUGGGAAAAAAUCAGUUUAUGUUACGGAAGAGGAGAAUUGUCAUAAUUAUUAUUGGCAUUCUGUGUUGUCUUGGCGUUUUCUUGUCAACCAAACCUUACUUGGGACACAUCGAGGAAGAAGAAUAUGAAAAGAGCACAGUUAAAAUCAGAAAAAGAGACCAUAUAGAUGCAGCGAUCCACGACUCGUUCUAUAUUCACCAGUUCGAUCAUACUGUACAGACCAAAGUCAAUUACCGAAACCUGCGCCAAACUGAUGCCGUGAAUAUCUUUCAGGGUCAGAAACUAAAAAAUCCACCAUGCGUCCCUUUCCAAACGUGGAGAGGGACGAUAAAAAUAUGCACGCACGACCCCGAACAAGACACCAUGAUUUCGGCUUUCGUCCAUGAAUUUGCGACAUGGGAGCAGAAUUUUCUAAACGCCACCGGGGAUAUUUUGAUCAAGAAUCCGGGAAUGACGUUCGUUGAUCUGGGUUGUAAUAUCGGAGUGUACACGCUGUUUGCAGCCAAACUAGGAAUACCGGUAGUAUCUGUGGAUAUUUUCUAUAAAAAUCUUGCGCUUUUGACGGAAUCCAUUGAAAUAAACUCCUUACAAGACAAUAUCACGUUAGUACUUAACGCCAUCUCUGAUAAACGUGAAAACGUCACGCUUGAAGUUGUAGAAAAUAACAUAGGUGGCUCAUAUGUGAAACCAUUGAAACAUGAUAAAGUGCCCGAGCAAAAUAUUGUUGAUUCCAUCUUUAUGGAUGAUUUAAUUCCCCUGAUCAAAACCAAAAGUGUUUUUGUGAAAAUGGACAUAGAAGGAACGGAACUCAGAGCGCUAAAAGCUGCAAAACGUUUCUUUCAAACCCUGAAUAUCAAAUUCAUACUGAUGGAAUGGGUUUUACACAAGAAUAACCCCAUUGCAGCAAAAGAAAUUAUAAAAAUUAUGAUUGACAAUGGGUUGAUGCCAUAUUGGGAUCACCAACAGUUGUUUCCCUUGAAAGUCAAUAGUUAUAUCUACUGGCCGGAAAAUGUGUUCUGGAUAAAGCGAUGAUCUGGACUCUGCCACGAUAGUAUACAUAGCCGAGAAGUCGUUCAUAUCUAUAUACACAUAUUCGGCAUUUCAUGUUUUUGAUUGUAUGAUGUGUAAAGUUAUAUGUCUUCUUCAAACAGACUUGUAACUAGUAGUUUUAAUGACAUGCAUUUUGAAUAUUUUUAUUUUAUACAUGGCUAUCUGCUUUUAUACACUACAAAGUAUAUUUACAAUAAACCGGUAAAUAUAUCA